GUUUUUGGCAUCUCAUAAAUGCAUUUAACAUGUUAAUUUUCUAACUAAAAGCAUCUUGUUUACACAUCUUUCAUUGUACAAUGACUUUAUACUAAUUGACAUUGUUGAUUAACUAAUACAAUGUAAUAUAUAUACAUAGCAAAAGUGUUAUUAUCUAUGCUUGAAAUGGACCAUUAAUACAAACAUUCCUGUUAGGUGUAGACCUCAAUUGUCUUCAACGAUUAUAUGUAAAUGUAAUAUCUUAUCAUCAAAUCACAUGUGAUUCAGAUUUAAGAAAUGACAUCUAAAUUAUAUUAGGAUUUGGAUUUAAUUUUCAGCAAAUAUGCGAUCAGAUUUGAAUUUGGAUUUAAAUGCAAUUUAAGAAAAACAUCCUAUAUCUAACAUAUAUUUAUCGGGAUACCGAAUCUUAUCUGGCUGGAUUCGGAACGGUUAAGUCUCCAUUGAUAUGAAUCUGGAUGUAUCUGUAUACUCUUCGGCUCCGACCCGUUGACGCUCUGCUCGCGCCAUCGUUCCUUGCCGCCGUUUGCUGCUAUGCUUCCCGCUGUCCGUGCUUCGUCGUUUCCGUCCCGGAAAUCGUACGAACGGAAGAAGUAAGUGAAAGACUCGGCGGCGGCGGAGGAUGAGGACGGUAGCUCUGCGAGCGCGGUUUCUCCGGCAGGGCCGUGACUUCUCCUCCUCCGGCACCGGACCCUGGUCGAUGAAGAAGGACCCCGCCCUCGAGGCGGCCCUCUCCCGCAACCGCCGGUGGAUCGUCAAUAACCAGCUCAAAAACAUCAUCCUACGCAGCCCCGACGGCGUCGUUACCGUCCAAUCAAUUCAGAAGCGCUUCAAGACCCUCGAUCUCCAGGGGAAGGCCCUCAACUGGCUCCGCAAAUACCCCUGCUGCUUCGACGUCUUCUCCUCCGAAGCCGGGGGUGGAGGCGAGCUCCUCUGCCGCCUGACUAAGCGAAUGAAUGCUCUUGUCGAAGAGGAGGAGUUCGUCCGCGACGCCCGGGAGCCUCUAAUGGCCGAGAAACUCGCCAGGCUGCUGAUGAUGUCCGUGCACCGCCGGAUCAAUGCCGUGAAACUCGCCGAGCUGAAGAGGAAUUUUGGCUUCUCGGACGACUAUCUCGUCAGGAUUAUCCCGAAAUAUCCGGAAAUGUUCAGGAUCGUCAAUUACACCGGGAGGAGGAGCAACCUGGAGAUCGAGCUCGCCUCCUGGAACCCUGAUUUCUCAAUCUCCGCCGUCGAGGCGUGGGCCAGGGCGCGGGGGACGACGCCGGCCUUCCGGGGGUUUCUGCCGGAGACCUGGGGGAAGUCGUUGGAUCGGUUCAGGGAGUUCAAUUCUUCUCCCUACGUGUCGCCCUAUGCUGACGUCGGAGAAUUGGGGGUGAAGGAGAUGGAGAAGAGGGCGGUGGGGCUCAUUCACGAGUUGCUUUCCUCGACUCUGUGGAAGAAGGCAUCGAUUGUCAAAUUAGGGCAUUUUAGGAGGGAGUUUGCGUUGCCGGAAAAACUUGGACCAUUUCUCAUGAAGCAUCCGGCCAUCUUCUACGUGUCGAAUCGGUACCUGAGACACACUGUGGUACUGAGGGAGGGUUACUCUGGAUCGGAGUUGAUCGACAAGGAUCCCCUGGUAGUCGUGAAAGAGAAGUUUGGGGAAUUGAUGCAGGAGGGUCUCCACGAGUACAAUAGGCGACGGCAUUUGGCGAACUUGGAGAAGAAGCGGAAGAAGGGUUUGGUUUCGGCUGUCUCAGGGAGUGAGCGGUCGGUAAUUCAAUCACAAAGGAAAGAGUUUGAUGGAUGGAAGGAGGGGUUGUACAAAGAUGAAGAAACGAGGUCAUUUCUGAGAGAUCUCUCCAGCAAUUUGCCAUAGAAGAAAUAUAGGUGUUUAUGUGUCGUGAACUAAUUGGGUUUAUCCAUAACUUUUUUGUUCCCGAAGAUGCAUGGUGGUGCAAGGGGACCAUAUGAUUUAGAAAAGAAAACAUUUCAACGAGGAAAAAGAAAGUGGUCUGGAGAAAAGGAAUGUCUACUAUGAUCAACAGGGUUCCUACAGACUUGAUGUUAUUGAAUGAGUAGGUGAAAAGAGGCAACAUGAACCACGUUAUGGAAGGGAUUGGUCUGUCGGUCUGUGGAGUUUGUUUCGUCAAUUCUGCACACGUCAAUGAUUUGGUGAACAAUGUUCAUGGAAAGGCGCAGAUUUAUGAGCAGAGUUACCAGCUUGAAUCACGUUAGUGUCUGGGAGAGAUUUUUGCAACUAGAAUUUAAGUAUGAAUUUGCUGUUUGCCGAUAUUGGAGUUUCUGAUGCUGUUUCUCGAUAAGGCUUUGUCAUUGGUUAGAAUGAGUUCAUUCUUGAAACAGAAGUUAGGUGUUAUGCUUGCAGAACUAAAUCAUUUCGGUCUAAAUCAAUUGGUAAUGGUACCCUGCAAUUCAAAGUGCGUUUGUUAUCCAUUUCUUGUGGAGUUUAUGAAAUCUGUGGACCAUUGACAUGUUCCUUGCUCUGUAAACACUGAGUGGUAAAAUGACAUGCAAACUAAGCGAUCAUUUGCUUAAUCA